AUGGAGGAUAGUUCAUUAAUCUUCGAUUCGCCUGCCCAGGGCAGUAAUGCCAUCCUUGAGCAGCCACCACUCCCCGCUGAAUCUACCUCACCACCAAGUCAAGGGACUACGGGGCAAACCCAACCAGCGGAAGAUACCCCAAUGGGUGAAGCUGGUUCUAUCGAUCCAGCCAUCAAGAAAGAUUUAAUUGCGCCUGUCUCCGAUAAUCCUCUCGAUGCGCCUGACGCACCUCGCCCAGAAGCAGAUGAACCCAAGGAUGAGGAGAUGGGUGAUUCUCAAGUACAGGACGAUGUGAACGAAAGUAAAGAAGGCGACGGAGAGAAUGGUACCACAGUUGGACAAGUCGAAAAGACCAAGGCUUCGAUCGAAGCGUCAGCAAGGAGGCAUCUCAUAUCACAAGGACAUUCGGCUAUAAUACCGAGUUAUGCCAACUGGUUCGACAUGCAUCUUGUUGCACCCGUCGAGAAGAAAUCUUUGCCGGAGUUCUUCAACAAUCGCAAUCGGAGCAAGACUCUAGCUGUCUAUAAAGAUUACCGGGACUUCAUGGUCAAUACCUGGCGAUUGAACCCGAUAGAGUACUUGACGGUAACGGCAUGCCGAAGAAAUCUGGCCGGAGAUGUUUGCGCUAUCAUGCGUGUUCAUGCAUUUCUUGAGCAAUGGGGCUUAAUCAAUUAUCAAGUUGACGCACAACAGCGACCUUCGCAAAGCGGUCCCCCGUUUACUGGCCAUUUCAAGGUAAUAUGCGAUACCCCCCGUGGCAUGCAGCCGUGGCAGCCUUCCGCCGAUCCGUUGGUGCUUCAGGGCAAGGAAAAUAAAGAUACAGAGGCCAAGGCGGUUGCAGAGCUAGCUCCCAAGUCGGACUUGAACCUGCAGAUAGGUCGUAACAUCUACGACGCUACUGCCAAAGAAAACAAAUUAAGUGCGGACUCUAAAAAACAAACAAAUGGUGAGGGUGCGAGCACCAAUGGCACUUCGGAUAUUGUUCAAAAGUCCAUCGAGGACAUUGUAAAGCCCCCAACAGCUAAAAUCCUCUGUUGUGUUUGUGGUGUUGACUGCACUCGUGUGUAUUACCAUUAUAUGUCUCCGGCCGACCCAGCAGCUUCUGGAACCACCAAGGCUAAGUCUGAUAUCUGUUCAAACUGUUUCAUAGAAAGUCGAUACCCCCACAAUCAUGGUCAAAUACAGUAUCAGAAGAUUGAGAAUCCAACAUAUAGCGCCACUCCUGGAAUCGCCCGUGAUUGGAGUGAUGGCGAGGUUCUGCGACUCUUGGAGGCUUUGGAGACUAACGAUGACGACUGGACGGUAGUCGCGGAGUACGUUGGUACCAGAACUAAGGAGGAAUGUGUGGUCAAAUUCCUGCAAUUCGAAAUCGAAGAUAAAUAUGUCGAUGUUGAGCCAAGCAGCACCGACAAAUCUGACAAAUCCAUCGGUAUUGGUCUGUUAGGCCCUGAGAACGGCAUGCUUCCUUUUAGUCAAGCGGACAAUCCGCUUAUGUCUGUGAUUGGUUUUCUGGCAAGUCUUACGGACCCUAAGAUUACGGCAGCUUCGGCUGGCAGGACGGUAGACGCAAUGAGGAGAAGUCUACGAGAAAAGAUUGAGAAACCACAAGGAUUAGAAAAGGGGAAAGAAAUGGAGUCGGAUUCGAUGGAGAUAGACAACACCCAGUCUACUAAACUAUCAUUGAGUGAUAUUGCGGCUUUUCCAUUGGUCGCGACCGCCGGUCGUGCCGGUGCCUUGGCGUCCCACGAAGAGCGUGAAAUGACUCGCUUAGUAUCAGCAGCCGUGAACAUCACAUCAUUGAAGCUCGAUUUGAAAUUGAAGCAGUUCAACGAAAUGGAGGAUAUUCUACAAGCAGAGCGAAGAGAGCUAGAAAGAGGUCGUCAGCAACUCUUUUUGGACCGGCUGUCCUUCAAAAAGCGUGUUAGAGAUGUACAGGAAGGACUGAAAACAGCCGCCGCCACGGGUGGAGAGCAGGGAAUCAAAAUGGCACAAGAUGUCAUGCAAGGAGGGGAGAAAAUGUCUUUUAAUGGUGUCUCAGCUGCCCCAGGAAGCGUUCAGCCUUUGAGUGCAGAAGGACAGAUCAAGAGCUACGAUAUCUAG